AGUCUAUAAAGCUAGCGCAAGCGCGUGCCUGAUGACACUGCUGCAAUCAAUGUUAUGCUUCCGCUUCGCGCAGUCUUCGGCGAAAUCUGUUCUCGCGAACAUGAAGAACUCGCGUGAAGGAUACGUGACAUCACCGAAUGUCAAUUAUCAGCAAGAUAUGCAAUACGUCUUCAAGCCCAGCAGCUGGAUUCUCGGCUCGAUGGGCAUCUGGCCGAUCACGAUUCAGGGAAUUCGGAAACACGUAUCCACAAUUGCUAUCGUCGUGUACAAUUUCGCAUUAGUAUUCGCGAUGGUGCCUUGCAUUCUGCACAUCAUCUACGAUCAAAAGGAUCUCAACUUGAGACUGAAGCUCUGCGGCUUGUUGGGAUUUUGCCUUACCGCGUUGACGAAGUAUUUCAUUCUCGUGAUACGUCGAUCCAAGAUACAGAGCUGCAUCGAACAAGUGAAAAAAGAUUGGUGGCAGGUGAAGUUCAAAUCCGACCGCGAAUGCAUGCUGAAGUACGCCAGCAUCGGUCGUAAGUUAUCUUUAAUCUGCGUAACUGCCAUGUAUUCCGCCGGCUUCAUUUAUCACCUGAUCCUGCCGUUUUGCACCGAGCACAAAAUUGGCAACCAAACUAUCAGACCGCUCGUAUAUCCGACUUACAGUGAAUUUAGACAGAGCCAGAUAAGCCCGACAUACGAAAUUGUGUAUGUGGCCCACUGUGUGUGCGGAUACACAAUAUACUCGAUCACGGUCGGGACGUGCGGAUUGGCAGCAAUAUUUUCUACUCACGCGUGUGGCCAGAUUCAAAUGAUUAUAUCCCGACUGGAGGACCUCUUGAAUGGCAAAAAUUUCGAGCAAGUGCCAAACGUUCAGCAACGAAUCGCCGCCAUUGUAAAAGGCAAUGUUCAAAUAAUAAGGUUCGCAGCAGUUGUGGAGGAAGUUCUACAAGAAGUUUGUUUGGUUGAGUUUACUAGCUCGUUAUGCACGAUUUGUUUACUCGAGUAUUACUGCAUACUGGAUUGGCAAGAGGAUGAUAGGAUUGGUCUCCUAACAUAUUUUAUGUUGUUCGUUUCAUUCUGCUUUAACAUAUACAUAUUAUGCUACAUCGGCGAGCUCCUCGUGGAAAAGAGCAGCCAAAUUGGGCUAAUAUGUUAUUUGAUCAAUUGGUACGAACUGCCGCCACGAUCAGCUCGCGAUCUUAUAUUGAUAAUUGCUAUGUCCAGCCAUCCCAUAAAGAUCAGUGCUGGUAGAAUGGUGGAUUUAUCAUUGACAUCUUUUGGAAAUGUAAUGAAAUCUUCUUUGGCGUAUCUGAGCUUCCUAAAGACAUUAGUAAUGUAAACAUAAUAAGAAU